AUGUUGAAAGAAACCUUUAUAGUUUAUUUUGGAAAAAUAGGAAAAUCUUAAGAAUUUUAAUGCUAGUUUUUAUAAUUAAAAAUGUAAGUGGCAUAAUUUGAAAAUAAAAUCCCUUUCGAUUGCUUAGUUUUAAUUGAUUAAAAUAACUAAGUAUAUAGUGCCACUUAGUAAUAGGAAUAAAGAAAAUAGAAUUUAAUUUAUAGGGUCUUUGACGUUAGAGAUAUAAUAACUUAAGAAAGGUAUUUUAAAAAUAAAUAGAAUUAGAAUUAGGUAAUAAUAACUAUAAUAGGAAAAUCAAAAUCCAACAACAGAAAUUCUUUACUUAAAAGCUAAACUCUAUGACUUAGAUUAAUAAAUUUAGAAAAAGGAUAAAACAAUUUCUCAGCUUCAAGGGGAAUUGUACAUAUAAAAAGCUGAAUCCGACAACACAAUCUAAGAACUGUAAAAUCAAAUUUCUUCUUUAAUAGAAGAAAAAUAGAAAGCCGACUCUACUUUCAAAAUUUUAAUAAAAGAAAAAAUUGAUCAAUUCUAAUUUAUUCAAGACUAAUUGUCAGAUUAGGAAAGGUAGUAUAAAAAUGAAAUUGAAAUUUUGAAAAACCACAUAAAGUAAUUUGAAUUGGCCAUAAUGGACAAAAGGUCUAACGAUAUGUAAGAUAAUUAGAAAAUUAAGGAGCAAUAUGAAAAAUAAAUAUCACAAUUAUAAGAGGAAUUAUCAUAAUAAAAACUUUAGUUUUUAAGAGAGAAUCAAGAAUUACUAGAUAUGAAUAUGGCCUGUAAAGAAUAAGAGAAAGAAUCAGUUAAACAAAUAAUGAUUUAAAAAUUUAGUAUUGAGGUACUUAAAUAAGAGCUUGAAAAAUCUAAAUUGCAAAAUUAUGAGUUAAGUAACAAAGUUUAAACCUUAACAUAAAAGCCUAAUGAGUUAUAAAAAAACAAUUAAAGCAAGUCUUGAGCUACGUGAAAUAAUUGAAUUUGGUUUUUAAAUGUAUUUCGUUUGUAAUUCAAUAU